UUCACGUCACUUUUAUCUCUCCACCCACCCUCUUCACAUCUUCAACUCCAAUCUCUCUCGCUCUUUCAGAAGCUGCAAGUAACCCAGACAAUCCCUAAAACACAAGUCCUGCGGUAGGGUUUCUAAAUCACCGAUCUCUUCACCUCUUUCGCCCUCUGUUUUAUUAUACCAUGGUGAUUGUGAUUUCUUCUGGAAAUCACUAUUCAAUUUUCUCCAAAUCCAUUUCUUCUUUUGUUCUCAAUUUCUGUUUCUGUCUUCCCUGCAAAACUUCCAGCCUCUGUCUGUCAAUUAUGUCAAUUUAUUAGGGUUUCCCGUUAUUAGUGAUGUGAAGGGUUUCGUUGUCCAUCUCUUGAUCGACAAUUUGUGUAAAUUUAUACGCAUAUCUGUAUAUACGUCAUAUUUUGAAUUGGGGCUUUUUUGUGUGGAAUUCGUUCGGUGUUGUGGUUUAGUUUUGCUGUUUGAAUAUCGAGGAUAUUAUGAUUAUUGAGGAAUUGAAGGUCGGUGAGGUAGAGAGUGGGGGGGAGGAGAAAUCGUGCGUGGAAAUUGCCAAUAAAAGCAGUGGUGAAGGCGUUGUUUCGUGGGACGCGAAGAGGGUUUUCAUCGGAGCAGGGGCACGGGCGUUGUUUUAUCCAACUUUGCUUUAUAAUGUUGUUAGGAACAAGUUUCAGGCUGAAUUCCGCUGGUGGGACAGGGUCGACGAGUUCAUAUUGCUAGGUGCUGUUCCAUUCCCUACAGAUGUUCCAUGCCUAAAAGAGCUCGGUGUUCAUGGUGUGAUCACAUUGAAUGAGUCAUAUGAGACAUUGGUUCCGACAUCUCUAUAUCAUGCUUAUGGGAUCAAUCAUCUGGUCAUUCCUACAAGAGACUACUGCUUUGCGCCUUCCUUGAGUGAUAUUUGCCAAGCUGUGGAUUUCAUUCAUGAGAAUGUAUUGCAAGGGUGGACUACAUAUGUUCAUUGUAAGGCUGGUCGGGGGCGCAGUACAACGAUUGUUCUAUGUUACCUGGUGCAAUACAAGCAGAUGACACCUGAAGUUGCAUAUGAUUAUGUCAGGUCAAUCAGGCCAAGGGUGCUUCUAGCAUCUGCUCAGUGGAAGGCUGUUCAGGAAUACUAUAAUCUUAAGGUUAGAAGAUGUGCUCUUAAGACAACUGAUCUGAUCUUGAAAACCCCCAGGCCAGCGCAAUCUCGUGAUAUUGUGGCUUUUGAUGAUGGUUCUGUAGUCAUUGUUACAGAGGCAGAUCUUGAUGGGUAUGACCACACACAUGAGUCGGACACUGUGAGAAGAGAGAUAUGGGCUGAUCUAAGUGUGGUCUAUCGAGUUAGAGUUGCAGGUCAAGCAGCAUUGGCAAGAAUAUCCUGUUCCUAUCUGUGGUUCCGCUGCCAUACUAACCAAAAGAUAUUGAGAAAGCAGCUAAGCACAGAGAACAGCUGCUCAAUCCGGGCCAAUCACUUGGGAGGUAUUAGCGUUGACAUCCAAGUCUAUUGAGAGGCCUGCUGAAAUUGCACAAGGGUGAAUUAACGAGUUUCCUUUCCUUUCCAAGUUAUCCUUUCCGCAUAUAAAUGAUGAAUAAUGUAUACGAGGCUGGAGAAACUCCAUUUCCAUGACCCGUUGUAAAUCGACUUCUUGUCCUGAAUCGUAAGUGUAAGAAAACAUUGUGUUUCAUCAAUUAUGGAUGCAUUUCGUGGGGAAAA